AUGAUUCCAGUCAUUUUUCGCACAAAUUCAUUUUUGCUGCUGAAGUUUGCAAGAUCGCUGGUUCGAGGAAACGAAAUAUCCUUCGAAGUUUCAAGGAAAUUCAAUUCGAGAACAAUGACUACAAGUUUGGAACCAGUUGCUGUUAAAAGAAUUCAAAAAGCAUGGGAUGUUCCAGUAAACAGUCAACCUGCUCCACAAUUAUCUAUUUAUAACAGUUUGACUCGUCAAAAAGAACCAUUUGUACCAAAUGAAGGAAAACGUGUAAGAUGGUAUAUUUGCGGUCCAACAGUUUAUGAUUCUUCGCAUAUGGGACAUGCAAGAUCUUAUUUAUCACUUGAUAUUCUUCGAAGAGUUUUCACUGAUUAUUUCGGUUAUGAUGUCGAAUUCAUUAUGAAUAUUACUGAUGUCGAUGACAAAAUUAUCAAAAGAGCAAGACAGCGACAUUUGUUGAAAUCGUAUUUUGAUGAAUCCGAAGCUCCACCAGUCAAAAAAGUCAUUGAAGAUGUUUUGGCUGCGUUGGAACAUUUUCAAAAGAAAUACAACGAAGAAGUUGAUCCAGAUAAGAAAAAAAUGUUCGAAGUUAUGGUAAGUCAUAAGAGAGUUUAUGAAAAACAUGUAAUAUUCAUUUGUUGCUUUAGAUUCGAAAAGUUCAAGAUUCUUCUUCUGCUCUUGAACAAGCAAUGAUUGCAAAAGAUGCAACUGCAAUCGAAUCAUCAAAAGGUAGACUUUUAAAUGAAGCAAGAGAUGUAUUAUCAGAAUGGUUGGAUGGGAAAUUUGGAAAAGAUGUUAGAGAUCACAGUGUUUUUGAUCAAUUAGCAAAAACGUAAGACUUCUAGAGUUUUUUAAAAUUGUUAUAAAUUCUUCUUUUUAUAGAUAUGAAAAUGAAUUUUUUGCGGACAUGGCUCGAUUGCAUGUUUUGCCAGUUGAUGUAUUAACUCGAGUUAGUGAAUAUGUUCCAGAAGUUAUCAAAUAUGUUGAAAGAAUCAUAUCAAAUGGUUAUGCAUAUUCAGCAGAUGACGGAAGUGUUUAUUUUGAUACAAAAGCAUUUGAAGCAAAUCCAAAACAUUAUUAUGCAAAACUUGUUCCGGAAGCAUAUGGAGGAGAUAAUGAUGCAUUGAUGAAAAAUAUGAGAGAAGGUGAAGGAGAAUUGAGUAUGUCUGAUGAAAGAUUGAAAGCUAAAAGAAGUCCAAAUGAUUUUGCAUUAUGGAAAUCUUCAAAAGAUGGAGAACCAUUCUGGGAUAGUCCAUGGGGAAAAGGAAGACCUGGAUGGCAUAUUGAAUGCUCUGUUAUGUCAUCGGCCAUUUGUGGUUCAAAAUUAGAUAUUCAUGCUGGUGGUUUUGAUCUCAAGUUUCCUCAUCAUGAUAAUGAAAUUGCACAGGUCAGUUAUCAAUUAAAUUCAACGAUUUUUCGAGUUUCUGAAAGAUUUUGAAAUUAUUUAUUUCUUGUUGUUCAAGAACGAAAAAUUAUAUUUAUUUUUUUAGGUUGAAGCGCAUUAUGACGAACCACAUUGGGUCAACUAUUUCCUUCAUUGUGGAACAUUGAGAAUUCAAGGAAUGAAAAUGUCAAAAUCGUUGAAAAACUUCAUUACAAUUCGUGAAGCUUUGAAACAAUACACUCCAAGACAAUUGAGAUUAUUGUUUUUGAUGCAUAAUUGGGCUGAUGUUUUAGAUUAUAGUUCAUCUACAAUGGAAAGAGCUUUACAAUUUGAGAAAAUAACCAAUGAAUUCUUCCUUCUUGUCAAAGAUUAUUUGAGAAGAAAUUAUAAACCGGAAAGUUCACAAGGAUAUCAAAAAUAUCAAUUGAGAGAAUUGCGUUUGUUAGAUGAUUUCGGAAAAUUGAAAGCAGAGGUGAUUCGAUUUUAUUGAAUUUUUCUUCAAUUUUUUUUUCUUUACAGGUUCACGUUGCUCUUUGUGAUUCGGUUGAUACUAGAACUGUUGUUGAAAAGAUUCGUGAAUUGAUUGGUCUCGGAAAUUCUUAUAUUAUGGAAAAAGAAAAAGAAGGAUCAAUUCCAAAUUCGUUGUUGAUCAGAAAUAUCGCGGCUUAUAUUACUUCUCUUUUGAAAAUGUUUGGAGCUAUUCCAGAAUUCUCUGACAUUGGAUUUGUCAAUGAGGAUGAGUGAGUUAAAAAAAAACACCAAUUGUGCUGUAAUAAAAAAUUUCAGAAAUGCAGCUUCUGGAACUACUGGAUCUUUUAACAAAGAAGCUGUUGUUAUGCCAUAUUUGACAGCAUUGGCGGAGUUCCGCGAAAAAGUUCGAAAUAUCGCUAAAGAACACAAAAUUAUCGGAAUUUUGGAAGAGUGUGAUGCUUUGAGAGAUAAAAUAUUGCCAGAAUUGGGUGUAAGAUUGGAAGAUCGAACUGCACAAACAACAAUCAAAUUGGUUGAUAGAGCAACAUUAUUGAGAGAACAAGAACAGAAACAAGCGGUAUGAUUAUUUUCUAACCCACCCAUCUUUUCUUUUAAAAUCAUGUUUUUUUCAGGAAAAAGAACGUAAAGAGAAAGAAAAAGCUGAAAAAGACCGCAAAGCUAAGGAAAAAGCAGAAAAGGAUGCAGCCGCAAAACGUGUUAACCCAGAAGAAAUGUUCAAAAUCGGAGAGUUUGAAGGAAAGUUCUCAGCUUUCGAUGAAAAGGGAAUUCCUACUCAUACAUCUGACGGAGAAGAGGUAUUUUAAUUUUAAUUCAUUAUCAAACAUUCUUUAUUUAUUGUUUUUCAGGUUUCGAAAAAACAACGAAAGAAGUUAGAAAAAUUGUGGGAAACUCAAAACAACAAAUUUCAGAAAUCAGCGAAUUGA